ACGGGGCGCAUCUUCCGAAGGGCGAGUGGGAAUGUCCGACGAAGCCGUGGUCGGGAUGCUGUACUCUUUAUUCACCGGCGUCGGUAUCAUAGUCUUCCUCUUCGUCUCAUUCUUCUUUUACCACCGCCGGGUCGCCGGCCGGCGGCAGAGGGAGAUGGAGUACAGAGACUACUGCGAGCGCAUGAGGCCGGAUCUACUAAGGUUCAGGAGCAACCCCAGAUGCCCUAGUGCAUAUAACGGUAUGUCUCGAAGGAGCGUCAAUCGGUUUCUCUGUAGAGGAAUUACGAACCCGGCUUUCCAUCCGGAUAAUGAAUCGACAGACGAGCGUUUUGGACAUCCCAAACCAAACUAUAUUUUUGGGAAACACGGAAUACUAUUUAUAGAUCAAAAGCCAAAACGAGUUUUCAAAACGACACACGUUGACGCCAUGAACUAUUCGGAGUUGCUCUGCGAAAGCUGCAGGGCGAGAAUAUUUCAAGACAAUAAAAAACCAACGUCGAAGGAAGCUUAUAAUAAGGCAAAGACAAAAAAUUGUGGAAAAGACGAAGAGAUUGAUAAAUUUGAAGUCGAUGCAAAACGGUUAAACGAAUGUGUAAACAGCUUCAACACAAAUAUAAAUACAAAUAUAAAAUCACAUGCUGAACAAAGACAAGAAUUCAAGAAAGUUGAAUUUGAAGCAGACGUGCAUUCAAGUGACAUCAUUUAUGAAAUCAACGAACAUUUGAAAGAGGAUAGCAUAUGCACAACCGAAGACGAUUUCGAAAUGAAUCCGUAUUAUUCAGAAAUAAAUAGUGCGCCACCAAAUCGUCGGCAGUCAAUGGUUUCUGUCCAGGCGGACACCGGAUAUGGUGCUUUAUACGGAAGGCGAAAAUCAAGUGUAUUUCGUCUGCGUCAAUUUUCGGUGGAGGCACCGGAUAUCCGGUCUUUGCCCGUGCUUGAGAACGAGUAUUAUGACAACGUUUUUGAAUCAAUGUCCUUAACCCAUAUGUGAUAAUAACCGUAACCAAUUGUUACAUUCCUCGCGCAUGCGUGUUUCCAUGGCCACCACGCAUUUCAUUGCUCAUACGUAAUAUGUGAUAGCAUCAUCAUUGUGAUUGUUGUUGUUGUUGUUGAUUUUGAUGAUCGUAAUUC